AUGGAAAUGGGAAUGAUUGAAGAGAGGAGGCGCAGCUCUUCCAACAGUGGCAGUGAGGAAUCCACAAGAGAGACAUUCCAAUGGAGAAGCUAUUCAAGGGAAAAUUUCCAGAGUAGAGUAUUUGAUAGUGCUUGUGGUUCACCGCAUUCACAAAACCGUCAAUAUGGCACACAAUGCAAUUACAAGGACACGGGAUACCGAACAAAUAAGUUUUUAAGUGAUAUUCCAAAGUUUGUAAAGAUUGUGGAAGUUGGGCCAAGGGAUGGAUUGCAAAAUGAGAAGAAUAUUGUACCUACAGCUGUAAAGAUUGAAUUGAUCCAAAGAUUGGUUUCUUCUGGUCUGCCUGUUGUCGAGGCUACAAGCUUUGUUUCACCAAAAUGGGUACCACAGCUAGCAGAUGCAAAGGAUGUGAUGGAAGCAAUUCAAAAUGUGGACGGUGUCAGAUUUCCUGUGUUAACUCCCAAUCUUAAAGGUUUUGAAGCGGCAGUAGCAGCUGGUGCAAAGGAAGUCGCCGUAUUUGCAUCUGCUUCAGAGUCCUUUUCUAGAUCAAACAUUAAUUGUAGCAUUGAAGAGAGCCUCACUCGUUACCGUGAUGUUGCUCUUGCUGCCAGAAAGCUCUCUAUUCCUGUUCGUGGGUAUGUAUCAUGUGUUGCGGGCUGUCCUGUUGAAGGAGCAGUGCUCCCAUCAAAAGUUUCAUAUGUUUCGAAAGCGCUUUAUGAUAUGGGCUGCUUUGAAAUCUCCCUUGGUGAUACAAUUGGAGUGGGUACUCCAGGCACCAUUGUUCCAAUGCUUGAAGCUGUGAUGGCUGUUGUCCCCAUUGAGAAGCUUGCUGUACAUUUCCAUGACACAUAUGGGCAAUCUCUUUCAAAUAUUCUUGUUUCCCUCCAAAUGGGAAUCAGCACCGUGGACUCGUCUGUUUCUGGCCUUGGAGGGUGCCCAUAUGCCAAGGGUGCCUCUGGCAAUGUGGCUACUGAGGAUGUCGUGUAUAUGCUCCAUGGGCUCAGUGUAAAGACCAAUGUGGAUCUUGGCAAGCUCAUGUCGGCUGGAGACUUCAUUUGCAAGCAUUCGGGACGUCAGUCGGAUUCAAAAACAGCCAUUGCUUUGAGCUAUGGCGAAUGCAUCCAAGUUAAAACGGUAAUGUUAUUGGAUAAUCCUUCAUCUAGUAAUAGACUCUGGAAAUAAAGAAAUAUCAAUGAUCUUCGCAGAAAGUAUUGCUGGGUGUGGAAAUCUCCAAAACAUGUUACAAUAAUGCAAAAAAAAAAAAAAAAAAAAAAAAAAGGAGGAAAUUUGCAUUCCAACAGGUUGUGCUCAGCCAAAAAGUUUUUGCAGUACUGUUCAGGAUUUGAGCUUGUACAAGCUGGGCUAGUGGGGACCAGGGUUCUGUGAUACAAACCAAUGUAUUCAAACCCGGACCGGGCCUCGAUAUGUUUACGUGGGCCGUUCAGUCAAGAGGUAGACCGACUGGUUCAGCCCAUGGCAUUAGCUAUAAAUAGAUGAUAGGAAUUAAGCAACUAAAAUCUAGCACACUUGAUAGUUUGCUUGGUUUGUAUAGCCAACAAGUCCAAAUUGACCAGAUUUUGAAUAUUUUCUUGCCUGAAGCAGGUGUAGGUAACCUGAGUGGUUCACGUGGCCGGUUCCAGCCCAACGUACUAUCAGCUUUUAGGGUGUGUUUAGAUUAUUGAAAACCAUAGUAACAUAAGAGUAAAACUCACAUUAUUAUUGUUUUC